AUGCCCACUGUGAUACAUAAAUGCGACAUCGGUGUCUCAGAAAAACAACAAAUUGAAAAUAGAAGUGUCGAUAUAAACGAGAAAAAACUAGAAGAAGCUGGGAUUGUUAAACACGACAAAAAUGAUCAGCUAUCAACACGAGUUAGUGGACCGCUGGCCGAAGGUGUAAUAAAUACAACGACAUUAACAAAUUUAACGUCACCAAAAAACGACGCAGAUAUUCAAGUUGGUUUCGAUAGCAAUGUUUUAAAUCGUAAAGCAUAA